AGUCCCACGAGGAGUCAAAAGUCCAAGAGAGAGCAAAAUUAUUGCUUAGCCCUGCUUCCCAGUGCUCUCUUUAUUAACCCCAUCAUCUCCCUCCUCUUGCUUAGCCCUGUAAAUCCUCUCUCUCUCUCUCUCUCUCUGAAAACCAAUCUCUUAUCUCUUCCUGCAAAUGUCUCAAGCCCUCACAAAAUCUCCUAAACACUGUGGCAAUAAGCAAGGACUGAACAUUGGAAAGCUCUACAAGAAGCUAUUCCUGGUAUUCUCUACACUUUCCACCACAAUUCUGUCUAUCAUAUUACUUGUUUGGCUUAUCCUGCACCCCACCAAACCAGAGUUCUCACUCAAAGAAGCCGAUAUCUACCAGCUCAACCUCUCAGGCAGCCACCUUCUCAACUCCUCUGUUCAGCUCACUCUGCUUUCCAAGAACCCAAACCAGAAAGUUGGGAUUUACUACGACGAGCUUAAAGUGUAUGCUGCAUACAAGGGUCAACAAAUCACUGUUUACACUUCUCUUCCUCCCUUCUACCAAGGACAUGAAGAUAGCAAUGUCUUGACAGCUUCUUUGGUGGGAACGGGUCUGCCUGUGGCUCCCUCCUUCGGUUAUGAAGUGGGGCGUGACCAAACAGCUGGUAGACUGGUUUUAAACCUCAAAGUGAUCGGGAGGCUACGAUGGAAGGUCGGGACUUGGGUCUCCGGGAAGUACAGAGUGAACGUGGACUGUCUUGCUGUCAUGGCUUUUGGUCCUUCUAUCCCAACUGGUCCACUCACUUCAAGGCAAGGAACUCAGUGUUCUACCACCGUCUGAAAUACUACUUGAUCUACUUCUAACAUGACAUCAUGACUGGCGUGCCUACAUUUUUUUUCUUUCUAUAUAUUGAUUGGUUUUUUAUUAAUAUUUGGUUGGUCAUGUUGAUCACUUCUGUAUCUUGCUCUGUUCCUCUGAAGUGUUUGUAAAUUAGCAAUCAUAUAUGAUUGAUAUAUAGGACUGCAUGUGUUGAUCAUAUAUAAGUGAGAAUGAAAAGCUUGCCUAACUCUGUUGUAUCUUAAGGCCAAAAGUGAUGAGAAGAGAAACUCAGAAAAGGGAUGUUGCCAUAGAUUCUUUUUUGAGUAGUGGGUUUAAUUUUGACAAGGCAAGGAUGGAUGAGGAGUUGUUGCUGUUCUGCUUUGCUACUUUGCUUGUGCUUGUGGGCAUGACGAGGAGAAAGGAAGGAUUGCCGGAAAAAGACAUAAAAGAGGUAAUGAUAGGUGAGAUGCCAACGAGAAAAAGAAGAGAAAAAGGAGAGAAAUCCAUUAUUUUCUUCGUUAAGGAAUCUCCAAAUUUGCACUUCAACCCUCGCCUUUAAAUUAGUAAUCACAUGAAAAUGGCUUAAUGCAUAUAUGGACUCUUUCUUUGCCUCUUUUGGCA